GGCAUUCACAGCACGUACGGCCACAGUCAGCUGAAAACUGGGCAUCCCGUCCGCUCUGCCAUACAUAAGCAGUUGAACGGCAGAUUAGUACUACGGUGGGUGACCACGUGGGAAUCCCUGCUGCUGUACGUUUUGUUUUGCAUCUCCUCUUUUGACCAUCAACCAUUCUGCCUGGUUCCUCGAGAAUUACAGUCGAAUCUCGGGAGGAGCGUAAUUCUUGAGAAUCAUGUUGGCUGUAUCGGCUUAUCGACAGCGCCCCAUUCCAUUUCGGGAGACACGCAGCAGUGACGCUCGAACUACAUGGAAUUGGGCUUCGCAUGUCGCUGGCUCCUUCCCACUGUGCUGACGCUGAUGUUUGUUCAAGGAAGUUGACGGCGACCACUUGGCAUCCCAAAUCAGACAACAGCCAAUAUGUCCUUGACUUUCGCCGAGUCGGAGACCACAUCCCUGCCGCUUCUCGACUUUGAUGAUACGACACCUGGAGACGAUCCCGUCAUCGGUACAGUCGGCGAAGCAAUCGAAGCCUCGAAGACCCGUGCAAGAAGUGGAAAGUAUCCGAGCUCUCUUUCGGAGCUGGUCACUCUGUUGGCAGAGCUUGGUGCUAAUGGUCCAAUUCAUCUUCGGAAUCUAAACAUCGGCGACUGUGGAAUACGAGUCGGACACGGAAAUCAAUUUGAUGUCUUUCGGCAAGUCGAUCAUGUACCUGGAUAUGCCCUCCAAAAAGUGGUCUACAAACGAGUCAAGUUCAGACCCAAGCAGACCGACAGCGACUCUGCUGUGAACCGUGAGUACCGAAGGACACUUCGAUACUUACAACUUGAAGUCAUCAGUUUGUGCCAUCCUCGUUUGCGAAAUCACCGGAACAUAGUAAAGCUGCUAUCAUGGGCUUACGACUAUCCUGACCGUAAAACUCCAAUCCCCGUUCUGGUCAUGGAGGCAGCUUUGUUCCCGCUCUCGGAAAUGUUAAAAGAUUCACAACGUCACCUAGACACCUUGAUAGCUGUCAGCCACUGGGACAUUCGGCACCACAUAGCUCUCGAUGUUGCUGCAGGAGUGGAAGCUUUGCAUAGCUCAGAGAUCAUUCACGGCGACAUCAAGCCAGCCAACGUUCUCACAUUCCGACAAGACAACCCGAGUGUUCCUUUCCUCGCGAAGCUUAGCGACUUUGGUGUAUGCAUCGAUAUGUCUGAUCACAAGAUUGGUGCACGAGACUAUUUCGGCACAUCGAAAUGCCCGAAGCCAUAGACCGGGACCUUGAUUAUGACGAUACUCUUCUUGGGCCAUUUCGCGCACAUCACCUCAAGGAGUUUGACUCUUUCAGUUAUGGAAUGCUACUUCUUGCGUUGUUUGUGACUCCGGGUGGCGACGCUCCUAAACUUUGUCUAGACCGAGAGAAUCUGAAAGAAGAAACUAUUCGGUCCUGUACUCGGCUCUUGUUGAGGGAUGCAAG